AUGGCGACGACUACCACUCAACGUUCCAACCACACCAAGCCGCAGAACGACGGACUGGAGGCAUGGGUCGUCGUUGUCAUAGUAAUCAGUGUUAUAGUAAGUUUUUGCAACAUUUAUUGUAGUGGAUAUUGUAGAUAUCUGUUUGUACAAUAUUUAAGAUCUUAGUUCAAUCAAAGAUAUUACACUUUUAUUGUGUUUAUUAUAAAGUUACGCUCAAAAAACUAAUUUUAAAAGAGAUAUUAAUUCGAAAAGCCAUCUUCCAUCUAUCACAACACAAUAAAGAGUAAUGUAAGAGUACAAACAGACGUCUACAAUUAUAAGCUUAGCUCUUCUUUUCAUUUAAUGUCAUCAGAGACACGUCUCCCAUCGUACUAUUGCUCAUAUAUUACACACGAGAGUACAAAACACGAAAACACUCGUGAUGUGGGUCAAGUUAGAAUGUGACCUGUUUCGCGUAAGUAAAUAAUUCCAAUUACUUUAGGUGUUACUGUGUGUUUUGGGAGCCGUUGCAUUCUUCGGAGUACGGAAGAUAAAGGAACGACGAAGGAAUCAUGGUGAAUAUCGACCACAGUUGGAAGAGAACAAUGCCAGAGACUUGCCAGUGAUACAACCUCCCAACAUUGACGGGCUUAUAUGA